AUGCCAUACUAUGUCCAUAUAGUAGUGAGAGGCGCUCUCAACAGCAGCUUGUAUGUUCUCACCACCCUUAACCGGGAGACUGCCGACUAUUUCUACCGACAACUGCAAGAGCACACCCCCAUAAAGGCAUUGGGAUUUACUCCACUUAAAACAAUCUACUCCCCCACGUUCUGGUCCGUCGAUCCAACCCAGGACAAUACCGACAUGUUAUUGACCAAUCUCAUCACCGAAAUCCACCAGGGCACGAACCGGGACAUCCCACAGAGAGCUCAACAUUGGCUGAAAGGGAAACUCUUCAUCAGCCCCCUUACCAACCAGAUAACUAUCAACCCUACCAAUCCUUCUGACGACAAUGCUUCUGGCCACGUCAACAAUCGAUGCUACUACAUCCGCAACCGGAAUGCACAAGAGUGGUGGUUUGUGCCUCCCAAUAAAGUUGAAGUGAAUGUUUCAAUAAGGAACCGUUCGAAAUUCUGCCUCCAAAUGUGCCCCAAGCGCAGUGAACCUCUGAUCCUAGUCGGCAGAGACAUUUUACAGCUCACGUUGAUGGAAAAGGGCAACACACACCGGUCUGUGGCCCUUUCCUUGGACAACCAACAACGUCUGGUGUGCCCCUCAGUCAGUAGCGCGGUAGAUCCUUUGAAGUUCUUCUUCUAUAAAUUUAGGGAAGGGGGGUUCAGUGUUAUUACGCCGUUUCAGGAUCAGGAUCCUUUGGUGCAGUGGACGCCGACUGGCGCUUUGGCUACGGAAGGGCCGGGGGAGGAUUGGAUGCUCGUCGCUUCGGAGUUUUUACCUCGCUGA